CGUUUUCUACUCAAUCUUCCGAAUGAGCUGAAAGAAGAGUGUAACCGAAAUUUUGUUCGCCUCUUUUUCGAAUUGGAGCGCGCCCAUUGGUUCUACUUGGACCACUACAUUGAAGACCCGGCCGUGGGCGGUGUCGAUAUGUUUGGACUUGCAGAACAACUGUUUAAAGAAUUUCCUGAUAUCGUACCCAUUGGGGUAAAUUGGCAAGAGAAAUAUAAAGAAUGGCGAAAAUACCGGGGCGAGACAGAGACAGGCGGUGCGAUUAUUUUAGACGAAUAUUUUGAGAUGGUCCUCCUGGUUCAGGGUUUUUACGGGAAUCGGUGGAGUUUUCCCGGAGGGAAGGUGAAUGAAAACGAGUCUUUGAUUGAAUGUGCGUCUAGAGAGGUUCUCGAGGAAACUGGCUUGGACAUUGAAUAUCGAAUCGUUCCGUCGCUCUAUAUUGAUCGAACAGUUAGCGGCACACUUCGACGCGCGUUUAUUAUUGAAAACAUGCCGAGAAUAUCACGAUUACAGCCUGGUACGCGGAACGAGAUUGAGGCAAUCACUUGGUUCAAUGUGCAGGAUUUACCAACACAUACGCAAGAUUCUCGACCGAUCGAAAAGCUGAAUAUGCGGCCCAACAGCUUCUAUCUUGUAGUUCCGUUUGUAAGACAACUCCAAGAAUAUAUUCGGCUACGCCGAACUGGCCUCUCAGCCCUGUCUGCGUUGGAAGAGUCAAAUCGUCUUGCUGACCCCAAUCGAGCAACGAUGGUACCCUUACCAGUUGCCGAACCUCAACUACAUAAAUCUGUCCCAAAACGGUUGCGCUCAACAUCAGGAAAAACGAGACCGUCCCGUUCACCCGGUCGGCCACAGGUUAUUGGUGUCAAACAGCAGGUGACACAAAAACAACCGCAACAAAGGCCCAGCCGGACGCAAAGAAAGGAACUCCCCAAGGAGAUCGAUUUGAAUGAAUUUCGGAAAGACCUCUUGUUACUGAGCGUUCCUUCUGCGGAACCGCUUGCUUCCACCCACACGAUAGGAGAGUUAUCUGCCUCCUGUUGGUCUAAUGUCCGUCUACGUGGCGACGUCCUACUCGAUUUGCUUACUUGUUCCUGAGAUUCACCUCACUUCUUUAUCAUGUGAAUUUCCAUUUUAUUAACGCAGUUCCUUUUUUACUUUCUGGACCACGCCUUUUCAGAAUCCAUAUCAUUCAUUUAGUGAUCCGGUAGACCAUCUACUUCGAUGUGGUCUUUCGUUUUUUAUGGUUUGGAACAAACAAUACUUAAAUAUAGGGUAUGACCAUGGG